AUGUCGGAUAAAGUACCGUCGUCCAGCCCCAUCGUCGCAGCUGCUGCCAAAGGCGGCACCGAUGAACCACCGCCCUCCACAACAGCCCCAGCAAACGGCGGCGCCAAAAAACCCACCUUUACAAACCCACCCGCCAAAACCGGCACCGUCCUUUACGUACUUUACCGCCCUCACCGCCCUUCUUUCAGCCUCGCUUCAUUCCGCAUCCACCGCCUGAACCUAACAACCAGCGCGGACUCCGCCUCUUCCCACCUCUCGACCCUUUUCAACUUAACCAUUUCUUCCAAAAACCCGAACGCUUACCUCUCUUUCUCUUACGACCCUUUCAUCCUCUUGUGCAUAUCGAGCGACGGCGACGUGUUUUUAGGCAAUGGAACGUUGCCGGCUUUCUUCAGUGGCAACAAAAGCGAUACUACUUUCAGGGGAGUCGCGGUGGCGACGUCGAGCCACGUGGACGGCGAGACGAUGAAUGGGUUGAGACCGGAGCUGAGGAAGAAAAAGGGGUUCUUGUUGAAAGUUGAAAUGGAUACCCGAGUGAUGGUGAAAAUGGGUAGCUUAAAGAGCAAGAAAGUGGGGAUUAGGGUUACUUGCGAUGGAAUUAAAGGGAUUGUACCGAAAGGAAAGUCGCCGGCGGUGGCUAACGUUUUUGGAGCUAAGUGUGAGGUUGAUCUAAGGAUCAAAAUAUGGAGAUGGACCUUUUAG